GCGGUUCCGGGGUCGGUGGAAGAUGGCGGCGGACGAGGAGAAUUUGUAUUUAUCUAAGUUCUUGAGACUUUUUUAUUCCUUCCUCAUUCCUGGGCUGAUUGUAAGUGGACUUUUAUGUAUUUGUUUGAUCAUUGUCCUUUGGAGAAUCAAAAUACAGCUAUGGGAAAAGAAAAAAUCAGAAAAAGUAUCAACAGACAGAAAAAGAAGAAAUAAUAAGGUGAUUGCAUUUUUUCACCCAUACUGCAAUGCUGGUGGUGGAGGGGAGAGAGUUUUGUGGUGUGCGUUAAGAGCUUUGCAGAAAAAGUAUCAGGAUGCAACAUACGUUGUUUAUACUGGAGAUGAGGAUGUCACUGGUGAACAAAUCCUAGAUAAUGCUUUGAGAAGAUUCAACAUCAAAUUAGUACAUCCAGUGAAGUUUGUGUUUUUAAAAAAACGCUAUCUUGUGGAAGCAUCCCUCUAUCCUCACUUUACUUUGCUGGGCCAGAGCCUUGGGUCCAUUUUUCUUGGUUGGGAAGCUCUUAGUAACUGUGUACCUGAUGUUUAUAUUGAUUCCAUGGGUUAUGCUUUCACACUUCCACUGUUUAAGUAUUUAGGAGAUUGCAAAGUUGGGUGUUAUGUCCACUAUCCUGUCAUCAGUACUGAUAUGCUCUCUGUUGUACGAAAUCAAAAUGCUGGAUUUAACAAUGCAACUUAUAUUACAAAAAAUCUUUUUCUUAGCAAAAUGAAGCUCAUCUACUAUUAUUUAUUUGCUUUGAUUUAUGGAAUGGUUGGCUCUUGCAGUGAUGUAGUCAUGGUCAAUUCUUCCUGGACCUUAAACCAUAUUCUGUCCCUCUGGAAAGUACAAAGUUGUUGUAACACUGUUUAUCCACCUUGUGAUGUACAGACAUUUCUGGACAUUCCAUUACAUGAAAAGACAGUAACCUCAGAAGAUGUUCUGGUCUCUGUUGGCCAAUUUAGACCUGAAAAGAACCAUGCUUUGCAGCUCAGGUCCUUUGCAAAGUUGCUAGAAAAGAAGGCUACAAAGCACCCUCUUCCACUUAAACUCAUCCUGAUUGGAGGCUGUCGGAACAAAGAUGAUGAACAACGGGUCAAUCAACUGAAAAGGCUUUGUGAAGACCUAGGAAUUCAGGAAAAUGUGGAGUUUCAGAUCAAUAUUCCGUUUGAAGAAUUAAAGAACUAUUUGUCUAAAGCAGUAGUUGGCCUUCACACUAUGUGGAAUGAGCAUUUUGGCAUUGGAGUUGUGGAAUGUAUGGCUGCUGGGACAGUUAUUCUGGCUCAUAAUUCAGGAGGUCCAAAGCUGGAUAUUGUUAUACCGUAUGAAGGUAACAAAACUGGGUUCCUGGCAGAGAGGGAAGAAGAUUAUGCUGAAACUAUGGCUCAUAUCCUUUCUAUGUCUCCUGAAGAGAGGUUUCAAAUAAGGAAGAAUGCUCGGCAGUCUGUCAGCAGAUUUUCUGAUCAUGAAUUUGAAGUAGCAUUCCUAUUAUCAGUGGAGAAGUUAUUUAAAUAAUGUUAUAUGACCAAACAUAUGAUUAAAUGCCUUUUUAUGUAAACAUUUUUCUAAACUUUAAUUUUCCCUAUUUUAAUAAAAGUUACCCCAAGCAA